CAGCUUAAGCCGCCGUGCUGACCCGUACCGGUACCUGAGUACAAGACGUUGAUCCUGUAGAACCAAGCCUGGCACAGAGUCACAAGACCUGCGUCCAACCUUCCGCGCUCACGUCACGGGCCCGGACGCCUAUCAGCCAAACACGAGCUCGUCUUCUUGUCAAGUGUCUCUGGUCACGAUAACCUCUUCCAAAUCCUAUCUUUACCUUACUGUACAUACCAAGUUUGGCUUAUCACCACGCGGCAUUCCAAGCCUCUAUCUCGCUCCUCUGCCUUUUUCCUCCCCCAGAGAUAAGGGAUAAAGAAUGGGAUAAGACCUUCUCAAUAUCUUCAUCGACUUCAGAAUGGCCUCCCCUUUCCGAGACCCCGUCAGCAUACCUCGUUCCGCCUCACCCACAUCCUUUCCCGCCAGGCAGUACUCGUCUACCCCGCGAUCUGAUGUUACCGCCCGGUUAGCCGCCCCAGUAUCCUCCCAGCACGUCGGUUCGCCCUUAGCCGGCCAUUCGAUUUCGGGCACUCCAGUGCCGCGGUCCACCGAUGGUCCCAACUCGAGCAAUACCACGCCCUUAGCCGGCGCCGAAGGGCCAGGAAGCUUCGCCGCGAAUGGCCCCGGAAUCUCUGCCCUGGCAGCUGCCCUUUCCAACUCGAUCGGCGUCUCUCCUCCCAAGUUUGGCACGCCGCCCGUUCGCUCAGCGACUCCUCCCGCCCAACCCGGCUCCUCCGGCGCCUCUGCCCACCAGGUUUUCGGGAGCCCGCACACGAACUACGGCUCCUUCGACUCGCGUAGCCGCAACAACGCCGCCGUGUACGAAGACCCCGAGAUCGUCAAGCGGCAUCUCGUCCUGCCCUCGGAUAUCACUUCGGAAGAGUCCAGCGUGGUGGAUGGCGCCAAGGGCAAACAGCCCGCAGAGGUAGCCGGCGCGGGGCUGCACGACGAAGAGUUCUCCAGUCUCCGUCUACAGGGCGGCGAUGUCACCCGCCCCAUCUACAAGUGGACCGAGGCCGAGUCGAGGAACAAGGUGCAGCGGAGCAAGAGCUUCAGCGUCUCCCGCCCGGGACCCGAAACCGAGGUGCUCGAUAUCAAUGCGAUCAGAGUACCGGGCGGGUUCAGGAGGAACUACCUGAGGCGAUCGGCCAAGAACCCGUCGGCUGAUCAGAACAGCUCGGAGACCGGCGAGGAUUCCCAUCAUCCGAGGCUGCUGACCUCCAGUUUCCUCGAGUUCUUGUCCAUCUAUGGCCACUUCGCCGGCGAGGAACUGGAGGAGGACGACGAGGCCUUGGGUCCGGGCGAAUACUUCUCCUCCGGUGCCGAGGGUGACGAAGAGUACGAUUCGGACGAAGGGAGCGAGGAUGACCGGGAGCCCAUGGAGGAUAGCGCCCUGUUGACGCCCUCCCGUCGGCGGCGGAGGCGGAAGCCGCGUGGCGGCAGUGGCACGAACAGCCCAAUGGGCGCGGCUCUGCUCCUGCUCAAGUCCUUUGUCGGUACCGGUGUUCUAUUCCUCCCACGCGCGUUCCUCAACGGCGGCAUGCUCUUUGGCAAUCUCGUUCUCCUUGGUGUGGCGGCCCUGAGCUACUACUGCUUCGUCUUGCUCGUCACUACGCGCCUCAAGGUCGAGGGAUCCUUUGGCGACAUCGGAGGGAUACUCUACGGCAAGUGGCUGAGGACCUUGAUCCUGUUCUCGAUCGUGCUGAGCCAGAUCGGCUUCGUCGCGGCGUACAUGGUCUUCACCUCGGAAAACCUGCAGGCUUUCGUCCUCGCUGUGACCAAGUGCGAGACGGCUAUGGAAACCAAAUGGUUCAUCCUGAUGCAGAUGGCCAUCUUCAUGCCCUUCUCCCUCCUGAGGGAUAUCGAGAAGCUCAGUUUCACCGCACUCAUCGCCGACGCAUUCAUCCUCGUCGGCCUUGCGUAUCUCUUCUACUACGAUAUCCUCACCCUGAGCACCAAUGGCCUGGCCGACAUCAUCAUGUUCAACAAGGACAGCUGGACCCUUUUCAUCGGCACCGCCAUCUUCACCUUCGAGGGUAUCGGCCUGAUCAUCCCGAUUCAAGAGUCCAUGUCGCACCCCGAGAAGUUCCCUCGCGUCCUGUUCGUCGUCAUGAUCAUCAUCACCGCCCUCUUCACCGUCAUGGGCGCUGUCUCUUACGCCGCGUACGGCUCGAAGACGGAAACAGUCGUUCUGUUGAAUUUGCCGCAGGACAGCCGACUCGUCAAUGGAGUCCAACUCCUGUACUCGGCCGCCAUCAUGUUGUCGACCCCGCUGCAACUCUUCCCGGCCAUCCGCAUCACCGAGAAUGGCCUGUUCACAAAGAGCGGAAAAUACAACCCGUACAUCAAGUGGCAGAAGAACGUGUACCGUUUCUGUUUCGUGCUCAUGUGUGCCGCCAUCGCCUGGGGCGGCGCCGACAACCUGGACAAAUUUGUCGCCCUCGUUGGCAACUUUGCCUGCAUCCCGCUCGUUUUCAUCUACCCGCCCUUGCUUCACUACCGUGGUGUCGCGAGAAACCGGUUCUGGCGAGUGGCGGACGUUGUUCUCUGUGUCUUUGGCUUCGUGGCCAUGGCAUAUACAACGACCCUGACAGUUGUCAGCUGGGCCAGCGGUCCCUCUGGACCGACCCUUCCAGGACACUGUGAUCCCAAGGGGCUUUAGAAGUGGAAGCUAUAAAGCUAGGAGACCCGAGCGCCCUACAUACCCUAUAAGAAGAAAGAUGGCAACCUGAUUGUUGACAUGGAUUCAUCUCUACCUUACCCACCUAGACGAGAGACUUGCGUGGAUUGUUACAUAUCUAUGGAGGCGUCAAGGCAGAUUACCUGACGAGAUUUGGGUUGUCUGCGGUGAUGUUAUAGAUUGUUUUUGGAUUGUUAGAAGUACAGGAGGAUUCCUAUACCUGUCCGUAUAACAUUUAGACUUGCAGCAAC